UGCGGCUACCUGCGGCGCCACCACCAGGAGGAGGUGGGCGAGCUGCUGGGCCAGAUCCAGGGCUGCGGCGCCGCGCAGGCGCAAGCGCAGGUGGAGGCGCGCGACGCCCUCAAGUGCGACGUGACGGCGGCACUGCGCGAGAUCCGCGCGCAGCUUGAAGGCCACGCGGUGCAGAGCACCCUGCAGUCCGAGGAGUGGUUCCGAGUGAGGCUGGAUCGACUGUCAGAAGCAGCCAAGGUGAACACAGAUGCCAUGCGCUCAGCACAGGAGGAAAUAACUGAGUACCGACGUCAGCUGCAGGCCAGGACCACAGAGCUGGAAGCACUGAAAAGCACCAAGGACUCGCUGGAGAGGCAGCGCUCUGAGCUGGAGGACCGUCAUCAGGCCGACAUUACGUCCUAUCAGGAAGCCAUUCAGCAGCUGGACGUUGAGCUGAGGAACACCAAGUGGGAGAUGGCAGCCCAGCUCCGAGAAUACCAGGACCUGCUCAAUGUCAAGAUGGCUCUGGACAUUGAGAUAGCUGCUUACAGAAAACUCCUGGAAGGUGAAGAGUGUCGGAUUGGCUUUGGACCAAUUCCUUUCUCCCUUCCAGAAGGACUCCCCAAAAUCCCCUCCACGUCCACCCACAUAAAAGUCAAAAGCGAGGAGAAGAUCAAGGUGGUAGAAAAGUCAGAGAAGGAAACCGUGAUUGUGGAGGAACAGACAGAGGAGAUCCAAGUGACUGAAGAAGUGACUGAAGAAGAGGAGAAGGAGGGCAAGGAGGAGGAAGGGGGAGAAGAGGAGGAAGCAGAAGAAGGAGAGGAAGAAACAAAGCCUCCUCUGGCAGAAAAGGCUGAAUCCCCAGAGAAGGAAGCCAAGUCUCCUGUGAAAGAAGAGGCCAAGUCGCCAGCUGAGGUCAAGUCUCCAGAGAAAGCCAAGUCCCCCAUGAAGGAUGAAGCAAAAUCAUCAGCUGAGGUCAAGUCCCCUGAGAAGGCCAAGUCCCCAGUGAAGGAAGAGGCCAAGUCACCAGCUGAAGUCAAAUCCCCAAUGAAGGAAGAGAUAAAAUCUCCAGCUGAGGUCAAAUCUCCUGAGAAGGUCAAGUCUCCAGCAAAAGAGGAAACAAAAUCUCCAACUGAUGUCGAGUUUCUAGAGAAGACCAAGUCCCCCAUGAAGGAAGAAGCAAAAUCUCCUGCUGAGGUCAAGUCCCCUGAGAAGGCCAAAUCACCUGUGAAGGAAGAGGCCAAGUCUCCAGCUGAGGUGAAAUCCCCUGAGAAGGCCAAAACUCCAGUAAAGGAGGAAGCAAAGUCCCCAGCAGAGGUCAAGUCCCCAGAGAAGGCCAAGUCUCCAGUGAAGGAAGAAGCAAAGUCCCCUGAAAAGGCCAAGACUCUUGAUGUGAAGUCUCCAGAAGCUAAGACUCCAGUGAAGGAGGAAGCAAGGUCCCCAGCAGAUAUGAAAUCUCCCGAAAAGGCAAAAAGCCCUGUAAAGGAGGAGGUCAAGUCCCCAGAAAAGGUCAAAUCUCCUGAGAAGGAGGAUGCCAAGGCUCCUGAGAAGGAGACCCCAAAGAAGGAAGAAGUGAAGUCCCCAGUGAAGGAGGAGGAGAAGCCCCAGGAGGUGAAAGCCAGAGAACCCCCAAAGAAGGUAGAGGAAGAGAAAGCUCCAGCCAUGCCAAAAACUGAGGAAAAGAAAGACAGCAAGAAAGAUGAGUUGUCCAAGAAGGAGGCUCCAAAGCCCGAGGUUGAGGAGAAGAAGGAAUCUGCUGUAGAAAAGCCCAAGGAAUCCAAAGGUGAAGCCAAGAAGGAAGAGGCUGAAGAUAAGAAAAAAGUGGUGACCCCGGAGAAGGAGACUCCUGCCAAGGUGGAGGUAAAAGAAGAAGCUAAACCCAAAGAGAAGACUGAGGUGGCCAAGAAGGAGCCAGAUGCUGCCAAGGCCAAAGAACCCAGCAAACCAGCAGAGAAGGAGCCAGAAAAACCAAAAAAGGAGGAGGCCCCAGCAGCACUGGAGAAAAAAGACACCAAGGAGGAGAAGGCCACUGAGGCCAAGAAGCCUGAGGAGAAACCCAAAACAGAGGCCAAAGCCAAGGAGGAUGACAAGACCAUCUCAAAAGAGCCCAGCAAGGAGGCCCCCACGCCCAGCAAACCCAAGACGGAAAAGGCUGAAAAAUCCUCUAGCACAGACCAAAAAGACAGCAGGCCUCCAGAGAAGGCCAUAGAAGACAAGGCCGCCAAAGGGGAUAAAUAAAGAGUAGGGGAAAAGGAACAUGUGGAGCAGCCAAAGAAACUUAGGAGGGUCCUGGAGCUCAAGGAUCGUUAUAAUGAAUUUUUAUGUUUUCUCUCUUUUAUGGAGAAGAAACUGCUUAGAUGGCGGGCCCUCCACCAAACAGGAAUUUAUGUUAGCAAUAUGUUAGCAAGAGAGAACACUCCCACCCCCUGCCAAACCCUCCCCAGGCGAUGGACAAUUAUGUUAUGAUAGCUUAUGUAGCUGAAUGUGAUAAUGCCGAAUGCCACACGUAAACACUUGACUAUAAAAACUGCCCCCUCCUUUCCAAAUAAGUGCAUUUAUUUCCUCUAUGUGCAACUGACAGAUGACCGCAAUAAUGAAUGAGCAGUUAGAAACACAUUAUGCUUGAGAUGUCUUAACCUAUUCCCAAAUGCCUUCUGUUUUCCAAAGGAGUGGUCAGGCCCUUGCCCAGAGCUCUCUAUUCUGAAAAAGCUCAGCAGGUGGGGCUAGGCGCUGGCCACUGAAUCAUGCCAGGGCGCACUUUCCACUGGAGUUCACUUUCAAUUGCUUCUGUGCAAUAAAACCAAGUGCUUAUAAAAAUGA